CCACAAGAAACUCAACUGCAUUUACAACCGUGUUACCCGCUUGAGAACAGUAAUCAUGCGAUUUCUUUAUAUAACCACAGUCGUUUUGUUGCUGUUGACCACAUUAGUGGCCGCACAAGAUUCGUCUUGCCCUGGAAAACCACCAACUCAACUAUGUCUGAAACCGAUGAAUGUGGGUACCAAAGGUCGUAGCUGUCGACCCAAGCAGAUGUGGUACUUCAAUGAGCGGGCGCAAAAAUGCGAACGGCUUAAAUAUCUCGGCUGCGGUGGCAAUGAGAAUCGUUUCUGCACUUUGUCGGGCUGUCAGAAUUCCUGUAUUUGAGUGAUGGACACUGUACUCUUUGUGUAUGCAAUUUUUAUUUGAUAUGUAGUAAUCUAUGUUAAAGAAAAUAUUAAAAAUUUAGUUUUUG